AUGGCUAGAAGUUGUUAUGUGGGGGCUCUGAAAUCUGGAGGGACCGGGGGGCAAGUUCUCCCAAUUGAGGACUUGGAUGUCCGAGAGGAAGAGGAAAGGAAAGGAAAGCCAGCUGAGGACUUGGUUCCCUUCUCCCUAUAUCCAGAUGAGCCCGAGAAGGUGACCUAUGUAGGGGCGUCGCUCCCCGAGGAUAUGAAAUCCGAAUUUGUGAAAUUCUUGAGGAACAACCGGGAUGUGUUUGCUUGGACCGCAGCCGAUAUGCCAGGGAUUGAUCCCCUCUUUAUGACACACACGCUUAACGUAAGCCCAGAUAGAAAACCCGUGAAACAAAAGAAGAGAAGUUUUGCCCCUGAGAGGCAGGAAGCCAUAAAACAGGAGGUCGAUAAGCUUUUGGAAGCAGGUUUUAUAGAGGAAAUCCAAUUCACAGAAUGGCUAGCCAACCCAGUCAUGGUCAAGAAAGCUAAUGGAAAGUGGAGGAUGUGUGUAGACUUCACAGAUUUGAAUGAUGCUUGUCCUAAGGACUGUUUUCCUCUCCCAAGAAUAGAUACUCUGAUCGAUGCUACAGCUGGGCACGAGAUGUUGAGCUUUAUGGAUGGCUUUAGUGGAUACAACCAGAUCCGAAUGAAUAAGGACGACAUUCCUAAGGUAUCAUUCAUCACUGACUUUGCCAAGUGUGCCUUUGGAGUUGGGUCUGGAAAAUUUUUGGGUCUGAUGGUCUCAAAACGUGGGAUUGAGGCCAACCCCGACAAGAUAAAGGCCAUCCUUGAUAUGGAGCCGCCUAAGUCUAUAAAGGAUGUUCAAAAGCUAACAGGAAGAAUCGCGGCACUAGGACGUUUCAUCUCGAAGUCCGGGGAUAAGUGCUUGCCCUUCUUUAAGGCUUUGAAGAAAGUUAAAGAUUUUGAAUGGACAAGUGAGAGCCAAGAGGCCUUUGAGCAGUUGAAGAAGUAUAUGGCAGAGCCACCACUCUUAUCAAAGCCCGUGGAUGGAGAAACAUUAUAUGUCUACUUGGCUGUCUCUGAGAAAGCACUGAGUGCGGUCUUGGUUCGUGAGGAUCGAAAAAUCCAGAAACCCGUCUACUAUGUUAGGCUGGUGCUCCGAAGCCCGGAUGGCUUCACGGUCGAGUACGCGAUCAAGUUAGACUUUCCAACUACCAACAAUGAAGCUGAGUAUGAGGCCCUUAUAGCUGGAUUGGGAUUGGCGAGAACCCUGAGGGUUAAAAACCUGAAAGUAUGUGGGGACUCAAGACUUGUGGUGUCACAAUUUAAUGGAGAAUUUGAGGCACGAGAAGAAACAAUGCUGAAAUACUUAAGGAUUGUGAAAGCCCAGAUGACGCAAUUUAAAGAAUGUUUGGUAGAACAUAUACCUAGGGAAGAGAAUACAAAGGCUGAUGCCUUAUCCCAAUUUGCAUCCUCAGAGAAUGAGUGUUUAAGGCCGGAUGAGGCCCGGGAAGCCUUGAAAGAGGUCCAUGAAGGAAUCUGUGGCCAGCACCUAGGCGGGAGAGCCUUGGCUCACAAAAUUACUCGCCUUGGGUUCUUUUGGCCAAAUGUGCUGAAGGAUGCGAAGGAUUAUGUUAAGAGAUGCGAUCGUUGUCAGAGAUUUGCACCUGUUGUGCGCCAGCCCCCAGAUAUGCUGACAUCCAUUAAUUCCCCGAUUCCCUUUGCUAUGUGGGGGAUGGACAUCCUAGGGCCGUUUCCACUCGCCAGUGCUCAAAGGAAGUUUUUGAUAGUGGCUAUUGACUACUUUACCAAGUGGAUUGAGGCCAAACCCCUGGCCAAGAUAACCACCAAGCAAGUUGCUCAGUUCUUUUGGGAAAACGUCAUAUGCAGGUAUGGCAUACCCCGAGUCUUGGUUACUGACAAUGGAGCCCAGUUCAACAAUCCAGAGUUUGUGGGAUACUGUAACGUUUAUAGCAUUGAGCUACGAUUCACUUCGGUUGCCCAUCCUCAAGCCAAUGGGCAAGCUGAAGUAGCCAACAGGAUAAUCCUUGAUGGGCUAAAGAAAAGAGUCGAGAAAGCGCAUGGGUCUUGGGCUGAAGAGAUUCUCCCUAUACUAUGGGCAUAUCGAACAACCUGCAAGGUCUCCACAGGAGCAACCCCGUUCCAGUUAGCUUACGGGGCUGAAGCCGUGGUGCCACUUGAGAUAACUCAUACCUCCCCCAGGGUCCAGCAGUAUGAGCCCGAAGCCAAUGAGGAAGGAAUGAGACUCGCACUCGACAUGAUCGAUGAGGUCCGUGAUGAGGCUAACGCCAAGAUCGUUGAGAGCCAAAAACGAGCUUCCUAUUACUAUAAUCUCCGAGUCAAGGAACGAUUCUUCAGAAAAGGGGAUUUAGUCCUAAGGAAAGCUGAGGCCUCAGGAGUUGGUCCCAAGGGAAAGAUGGCCCCAAACUGGGAAGGUCCGUAUCAGGUGAAGGAUGUUAUUGGUCGCGGCUCGUACAAGCUUCAGACCCUGGAUGGAGUUGAGUUUCCAAGGAGUUGGCAUGCCACCAACUUGAAGAUUUAUUAUAUUUGA